GCGCUUUGGGGGCGUGUCUAGGUUCCGCGGGUCACCUGAGGGGUUUGGAAGAUUUCUUUGAUUCGGUGGUUACUAAAUUUGGGGACUUGUUUUUGCGUUCAAGUCGUAUUUCGGGUCCUGGGAAAGUUGCGGAGAUGUAGGGAGUACUUUGGGGUUCCCUUGAGCUUAAAGGACGCCUUGGGGUUUGAGUUCUUUUGUAAUGUGUGUGAGGUUUGGUUGUGUUUUGGGAGUCUCCUUUGUGGUUUUGUGGUUUGGUAGGUUUAGGAUUUGGGGGCUCCUAGUGAGAUUUAGAAGCAAGGAGCCAAAAAUGGUGACGCACGCUUGUGAUCUCAGCACACUGGGUGGCUCGAGCCGGAAGGUAGAAAGUUCAGGCCCCCUGGGUAUCCUGGCGAUUUAGGGUGGUCCUGUCUCAAUAACAACAAAAAAUUUAAAAGGGGGUGUGUGUGGCUGAGUGCAAAGACCCCUAGUGCUGGGCAAGGUAGCAGGGAACCCAAGAGGAAGAGUUCUGAGCCAGAACGUGAGGGCUCCUCUGUCUUUUCUACGUGCCUGACCGGAGAGAUGAGUCUUUCUGUGCCUCAUCUGGAAGCAGAAACUACUAACACCUCUUCCUCGGGACAGCAGUUGUUCAGAGUGCCCAGUACACGCUACAAUAAGCACUCUGCUGCAGUUGUAACAUUUGUGAGGUUUCUUUUGGGGUCUUUCUUGGCUUUGAGAAGUGCUUAGUUGGUUUGGAAUUCAUCUUCAGUGUGAGGGAACUUUUGUGUAUUAUUCGGUUGGGAGACUGGAAUUAAGGGUAAUGUGGGAGUGUUUGGGGUGAGUAUAGGAGUUAGGAGACAGGCAUUUGUGAGCUUGGCAGAUUGCAAUUUGGGUUGGUGGGAAGUCCUUUGAAAUUACAUCCUUUUGCACUGGUGUUUUUAGGUUUGGGUGUUUGAAGGAUUUGAAAUGGUCUGAAUGUUUGGGGGUGAGUGUUAAGAUUCUGCAGAUAAAGGAACUGUUUGGGAAUUAUGGGGGAAAUGAGUUAAGAUUGGGGCUCUUUUUGUUACUAAUGUCUGUAUUUAGAGACUGUCUCAAAUUUGAAUGGUGUUAGAUGAUCUAGAAUUGCCCACAUUUAGAGGGACAGUCUAUAUAUACUGCAAGAGUUGGCAAACUUUUUCCAUAAAGGACCACAUAAUGACUAUUUCAGGCUUUCCAGGCCGUGUACAGUCUGGUACAGCGCUGCUUUUGUAGCAUGAAAGCAGCUGUAAACAUGUGUUUCGUAAAACUUUCAUUGAUGUGGACAAUGAGUUGGGUUUGGCCCUUGAUCCAUUGUUCGCUGACCCGUCUGGUCUGUAGGCUUGUGGAAGGCUUGAGAUUUGCAGUUUCCUUUUUGAGCUCUCUGGAAGGAGGUGAGCUAGGGAAAAAUUGAGACUGAGGCCUCUGCUGCUUACUGGUGACAUGUGGAGCCCCCCACCAUCCUGGUCCUGAGGUCCGGUGACUCCUUGCCUGUUUGCUCUCACGCCCAGAAUGGACCGUGGCAGUCUCCUGCCCUUUCAGCUCUGGUGCCCCCGGCCCUUUGGCACCUACUCUCAGAACCAGACACGCCCGCCUUCUGCGGUGCUCAAGCCAGCAGCCUGCCCUGAGCCCAGCAGCGGGCCAGAGCCAGACCAUGGGCCCGCGCAUUCGGAGAACACCCCACCUGCCUUGGCUGAUGCCCCCACCUCACAGGCCACUCCACUCCUCUCGGCUUCUGCUGCAGGCGACGAGGGUCGAGUCCUGCUAGAUACAUGGUAUGUCAUCAAGCCUGGGAAUACCAAGGAGAAGGUGGCCUUCUUUGUGGCACACCAGUGCGGCGGAGGCAGCCGGGCCAGCUCCAUGAAGGUCAAAGGGCACUGGGGCAGUGACAGCUCCAAGGCCAAGAGGAGGAGGCGCUGUCUUGAGCCCACCAGGGCUCCUCCAGAUCCAGGGGGCCAGGAGGGAACUCCUGCUGCUGAGGGGGGUCCCACCUCAGCCGGGGAGGAUGUAGACCUCCUCUCUGUGGCCGAGAUGGUGGCCCUGGUGGAACAGAGGACUGCCCUGGCCCUACAGAGCUAUCCGCGCCCCACUACCCCAGCACCUGUGGUCUUUGUGUCAGCUGAGCAGGGUGGACCUGCUAAGGGACUGGGGCCUGAGAGGCGUUCUGGUGCCGGUGACUGCAGCCGUGUGGCCGAGGCAGUGGCCCACUUUGAGGCCCAGCGGGACAGUCCUCCAACCAAGGGCCUCCGUAAGGAGGAGCGGCCUGGUCCCGGCCCCGGUGAGGUGCGCAUUGCCUUCCGCAUCUCCAAUGGCCGGGAGCCCCGAGCGCCAGAUGGUGGCUUACCAAAUGGGAGUGGGGGCCGGCCCGGUUGUGCCUACCCUGGGAGUCCUGGGCCUGGGGCCAGAGCCAAGGACAAGAUCACCUGUGACUUGUACCAGCUCAUCAGUCCCUCCCGGGAUGCUCUUCCUAGCAAUGUGGAGUUCCUGCUAGCCAGGGCGGAUGAAGCCAGCGAGGGCGAGAGCCAGGCCCCUGCCAGGCCUGAGGACACUCCCCCAGCGCCCCCGCCUCCCCCUGCCCGGGACUGUGGAGCCUCAGGCUUCCACGUGGAUGUGGUGGUGACUGGCGUGGUGGACGAGUGCGUCUUCUUUGGCAAGGACGGCACCAAGAAUGUGAAGGAGGAGACGGUGUGCCUGACAGUCAGCCCCGAGGAGCCCCCUCCACCUGGCCAGCUCUUCUUCUUCCAGUCCCGGGGCCCAGAUGGGCCCCCCGAACCCCCUCCAGCUGACACACCCACCACAGUGCCAGGCCCAGAUGAUGCUGAGGGCACCUCGGACACCUCCCUGUGCCGUCUCUACCGACAUGUGUCGCACGACUUCCUGGAAAUCCGCUUCAAGAUCCAGCGGCUGCUGGAGCCCAGACAGUAUAUGCUGCUGCUGCCAGAGCACGUGCUGGUCAAGAUCUUCAGCUUUCUGCCCACACGGGCCCUGGCGGCCCUCAAGUGCACCUGCCACCACUUCAAGGGCAUCAUCGAGGCUUUCGGUGUGCGUGCUACGGACUCGCGCUGGAGCCGGGACCCGCUCUACCGCGAUGACCCUUGCAAGCAGUGCCGCAAGAGAUACGAGAAGGGCGACGUGUCCCUGUGCCGCUGGCACCCCAAGCCCUACCACCACGACCUGCCUUACGGACGUUCCUACUGGAUGUGCUGCCGCCGAGCCGAUCGAGAGACACCUGGCUGCCGCCUGGGCCUGCAUGAUAACAACUGGGUGCUGCCCUGCAAUGGGCUGGGUGGGGGCAGAGCAGGCCGGGAGGAGGGGAGGUGAAGCCGGGGAGGGGAGGGGGAGCCCUCCGUGCCCGCCCCCCCUCCCUGGGAGCCAGGGUCUGGACUGGGCCACCAGCCCACAGCCCCCCAAUCUGGGCAGCGUUGAUCCCCCACCAGAACUGAGAUUAGCUUUGUGGGGGACCCAGGAGGACACUCUGUCCCUUGUUGGUUUUCUACUUUUUUUGACCUAGGGCCAGGGACCCUCAAGUAGGGUGUUUUUUAUCAGCAUCUCAAUUUCUUCAUUCAGCCCCAGCACCCUCCCUGCCACUCUGUACAUCCCAGGAACCCACCAGCAGGGAGGAGAUGGCAGCUAAUUUUGGUACCACCUAAGGCUUCCCCCCAGACUGGCUCCCCUUCUUUGCCUCCUCCAUCCCCCCAGCUCUUUGCCUGGAGCUGUUUGCUCACCCAGGUUGGUACCUCCAAACCUCCUGCCCCAGGGCUCACCUCUUUUGGAAUUAGGGGCCAUCUGAUCACACAUCAAAUUUGGCACUUUUUCUGGGCAGCCUACCAUUUCUAGAUGUUUUCCCCACUGGAGAAAUAAAAAUUACUGCUUUCUCUUAACCACAACCUACCAGUCUCUCCCCUUCCUCUACAGAGAAGGGAAGAAGUCCCGUAAGUACAACUCCCACCCGCACCCAUUAUUUAAGCUUUGCCAACGCUCCUCACCCAGUAAAGCUGUGAAGCCCUUUGCCUUGCUCUCAGAGCGCGGAGGGCAGGGACUGUGGGUUUGAAUUUCUAUGUGGUUUUUUCUUCCACUCUGGGUACUUGUUGAGGCGUUGGGGUCUCUUCACCCCAAAGCCACGACAAGUUUCUUUAGAACCUUUUGGUCAGUUGGGACCUUGAUGUUCAGGCAGUUUGGUCUGGGGUAUUUUUGCUUGUUCUGUUUGGGGUUUGUUUUUGUUUUUCCAUAAUUGUGGUUCUGGAAGAUUCUAGCAUGUGGCAUCUGGCCAAUUUUUGAAUUGGUCCUUUCUAUAAAAUCAAUAUUUAUAAGGCU